AUGCUUCGUACAGGCAGAUACACAACUCGACUAACGAGUUCGUUGUUAAGACGAAAUCUUGCAACGGUUGUCGAUUCUCCGCCUGUACAAAUAUCAAAGACAAAAGCUGGCCUUAAUGUAGUCAGCGUAGGAGGUAGAUCACAUAAUUUAACCGAGAUAAUUACCAUUAAUAAAGAUGUUACGCCUGCUUCAUCUCUGGCUAUUGUGGUGAAGGCUGGCUCGAGGUUUGAGACGACCGAAAACGCUGGUGUGGCACAUUAUCUGAAGAACUUUGCGUUUAAGCUUUUAUCGGAUGUUGUUACAAAGACAAAGUUUGCGCCAUGGGAAUUUUCUGAAAUUCGAGAGAAAAUACAAUUUGAGAAGGGCUUAGCAGAUAAUACUCCAGAAGUCUCCGUCUUGGAAUCCGCCCAUAACGUUGCAUUUCGGAACGGGUUAGGAAAUCCCUUGUUUGCUAAUGAAAUCUCAAAAGUAUCAAGUGUAGAUGUAGUGAAGUCAUUUGCAGACAAAGUAUAUACCGCGGGUAAUGUGACUGUUGUGGGAACUGGAGUUAAUCAUGAUCAAUUGAAGUCUUUAGCAGAAGAGCACUUACAAGAUUUACCGAUCGGGACUAGCGUUUCUCCGACCGCUACUCAAUAUUUCGGCGGUGAGGCGAGAAUUACCAGUUCGUUACCCGAUGCUCAUUUUGUAUUGGCAUUCCCUGGAGCAUCAGCUGGAUCGUCCGACUUUGCUUCUUUACAAGUCCUACGUUUUCUUAUUGACGGUGAUAAGCAUGUCAAAUGGGGCGAAGGCGUCUCUCCUUUAGCAAAGACUAUCAAUAAAUUGGGGCAUGGCACUAAAGUCAGUAUGUUCAAUGCUGGGUACUCCGAUGCAGGGUUAUUUGGUGCGCACAUAUAUGGAUCACCAAAGUCGGUUAAUGCCACUGCAUUGGCGGCAGUAGAGCAAUUGAAGCUUGCGGCAGAGACAGUUAAGAAGGAAGAUUUACAAAGAGCCGCUGCUAAGGCUGCGUUUGAGACAGCAGCGUCUUUUGAUAGUCGAUCCGCUAAAGCGGAAAUAUUUGGUAGUCAGGCCCUGUCUGGUAAGAAUAGUUCCAUCACUAGUGCUAUAGAACAAAUUAAGAAUGUCAAGGUUGAAGACGUUCGGAAUAUCGCUCAAAAGGCCAUCAAGAGCAAACCAACUGUUAUAGCUCUCGGUGACACUCAACAACUUCUUUUUGCUGAUGCUUUAUCAAUUUGA